GCCAAACCGCAGCUGGAGCGUACACUUGGAUAUUGAUUAACGAUUUUUUCAGCAGUUUAAAUACAAAAAAAACAACGAUUGCCAUACGGAUUAGUAUUUUUUAAAAGCCAUGAGCUUGGUGCGCCCUCUGAAUCCGGUUCUGCAGGCCAUUGCCGGCAAGGAGCUUAAUGAAGUCCCCCAUCGGGUACCACAGGACAUUGAGGCUCUGCGGGAAUGGGUACUCAAGCAGCCACAUCUACGGGCCUGUACUGAAGACCAGUUCCUACUCGCCUUCCUCCGUGGCACAAAAUUUAGCUUGGAGCGGGCCAAGGAGAAGUUUGAUAGAUUCUACACGCUACAGUCUUCUAUUCCCGAAGUCUUUAACGAACGACGAUUGGCCACCGACCCCCAAGUUUUGGAUAUCAUAAGAAUGGGAGUUAUUUUACGACUGCCAUUGGACCCAAACGACCCGGGUCCAUGUGUAACCAUUAUUCGAGCUGGAUCGUAUGAUACGAGCAAAUACAAAUUCCAGGACAUUAUUCGAGUGGGUUCCAUGUUCGGAGAGAUCAUGAUGUUCGAGGACGAGAACGCCACAGUCAGCGGCUAUGUGGAGAUAAUGGACAUGGCUGGAGUGACAGGUGCGCAUCUCUUUGCUCUCCAGCCGCAGUUACUAAGCAAGUUCUCAGCCUAUGCGGACGAGGCGAUGCCGACACGCCAGAAAGGCAUUCACUUUAUUAACGUCCCAGCGGCCUUUGAAACAGGCUUUAAUUCGUUGAGAUCCUUUUUUCCCGCCAAAAUCAAGAGCAGGAUCUCUGUCAGUUCUGAUCCGGAGGCCAUAUCCCAGUUGGUGGGUCUUGAAUGCUUGCCAAAGGAAUACGGUGGAUCUGCCGGAACCAUGCAGGAUAUCAGCGAAGCGAUGGAGGUUAAGCUAUCUAGUUACGCCCCAUACUUCCAGGACUCCCAAAGCUUCGGCACGGAUGAGAAGUUGAGGGACAUCGGAGCUCGUGUGCAUCAAGAUCAUCGAUCAUCAUUUGGGGCUGUGGGCUCCUUUCGUAAACUGGAAAUCGACUAA